AUAUGAUUACAACAUUUGAGCAUUAAUGAAGUACUGCAUGAUGCUUCAUUACAUUUGUAACUCUUACAGUAACUCCUUCGUAUGUUUAUGUGUGCUGAUCUUCAUGAUGAUUUUUUAUUCUACUAUCAACAUGCUCGACUUUGACUGUUUCAUGAAUGCUCUUUCCAACUCCGGAUGUCCCUCACAUUGAAGUGGUCAUUCUAACCCGAAUGACAGGCGGAGAGCGGAAUAAAUUGAGCUUCUUCAAAUGAAUGAAAUAGUUGCACUUGUAAAACAACUUGACGAUGGCAAGAACCUUAAAGUUGAAAAAGUAUUGGAUACGCUGACGUUUGUCUUCAGUACAGCAAUCCCACAUGGUUUUUAAAUAUGACAAGAGUAUUGGGAUCUUCAUGAUAUAAUCAAGCAAAAAUUGACAACAUAUCGAUCGAUCAGUGAAGUUCCUGUAAUCGGUAGCCCUGGGAUUGGGAAGUCGGUGUUUGGGGUGUUCUUGCUGCUGUUAUUCAUGAUCAAGCAAACAUACACCUUGGUGAUAAGUUGAUAUACCUCACUUGGCACAUCAAUAGUUACAAGUGCUUGCGUUGGCUAUAUACUAACGCGAAGUAUUACGGAUUUUUCGAUGGAAAUGAAGCCGGUGGAGCAUUGCGGCUAUCGAGCUUCAAACGUAUAUUUCUGUUCGCCAGUUCAAGCACUAGAAAUUAUAAGCACUUUGUCAAGAAUGUUGGCUUAAGGAUGUACAUGAAUCUGUGGACUAAGGCUGAAUUCGAGACAUUUGCGAAUUUAAUUCAAAAGACGAUUGGUUUCGAAGGUUCAAUCUCGUUAUAGGCAAGUGUUUUCAUCAUCCAGAACGAUUCGAUAGUCAGAUGAGGCACAUUUCAUUCAAUUUGGACCCACAACGAGAUUUCGCACUGUCGCGCGUUCUUGGCGUAUUCUUCACUGGCUGUUAAGGUGAUCAUGGAAGCGCGUUAUCAAGUUAGUUUCGCCAAUUAAAUUCGCGCAUUGCUGCAGACUACAGCCCUAGAAUUGCAGUCAUGGCGAGAUGUAGCUAUCAUGAUAUUUCUGUUACAAGAUCUUGCCACCAACAAGUUUUGUAUGAGAGCACUCGAAGGAAGCAAUAUCGCUACCGUCACGCGACAUGGUCCAUUAAAUGCAGUGUCUGAGAUCAUCCCAGCGUCAUCCGAAAUCCAUAAGAAAUUGGUGCUUUACAUACCGUUAUCAAACAAUCUAUUACUCUUGCUCUGAGGCUUAAAAGAAUCUUGACCCGCUCGAGUUCGAUGUGUCCGAAGCAAAUGUGCAGACAUCCAGCGAAAAAUCGACUUGGAUAGGUUACUACUUGAACAGCAUUCUAACUCUACCUUCUCCAAUUAUCAUAUUCAGGGCUACAUCGUGAUAACACAACGCAUUAUCGCCAAAUCGUUUUAUAAGAGAGUUGUCAUUUCAUUUCUACAACCAUCAAUCGAAGUUAUGAGCUCAUUGAUGAUGAUACAUGGUGUGGCCUUUUAGUCGCUAUACUAAAAGGUCACACCAUGUAUCAUGAUCCACGAGCUGAGGCCUUGAGCAUUGAAACCUUUAGCUUUCACUGUCUUCCACGUCAAGAUGAAGUUAAUUUAUACUUGAUUUUGAUUUUGGUCAAGAAGUCGCGAUAUGAAAUCAACUCAAUUUCAAGAGACAGUAUCCGUAUACAGCAAGUGGAAGCCUCUACAUCCAUGGAGAGAUGAUGGAAGAGUCUCAGAGCCAAAUCUAAUUGAAGACAAAAUUGAUCGUAUUGAUCCGAUUUCAAAUUUCCAUCUCAGCUUAUGGAAAACAAUAUCGGCGUUGUACGACGUCGGUACGACAAAAUCGACUUUGUAAUAAAACUUUUUAAAUGAAUCGAAAUAUUGAGCUAUUACAAUCGAAUCUAAAUCGCAAAAGCUUGAUCACUUCGUCCAUUGAAAUCUCCAAACUGACCAUUAGGGGCAUUUUACAAUUUGACACGUUUCAGUCUCUACGUCACACGGCUCUUAAAUUUAAUGCAAGUGG